AAGGAGAGUCUCUAGCAAGUUUGAAGUAUGUAAUCCAACUCCAAGGACAGCCCCAGCGUAGGUCCAUACCUGCUGUUGGGAGCCGCCCUACUUGUCUUAUACAAAACUCCCACGGUUCCGUCUGACCGUCAGGCAAGGCCAACCGGAAACAGUGUCUGUUCAUUUUUCACCUUUGUUUUUGUUUGUCACUCGCUGUAUGAUUGGAUCGCCUUGGUCCUGUCCUUUCGUUCGAGAACGUGCUACCGACCCUGGGGUUUAUGCCGGCUAUAUUCACUUACUUUGGUCUACUGACCCUGUGCAACACGACGCUCUACGCGGCUGCCAAUUUAUUUUCCGAUACACUUCUACUUUUGCAGCUUCCAGAAAUUUAUCGGCUAUUCACUGCGACCUUAUAAUUACAGGUGGUUCGAGACCAAAGCCUCCACAGCGAGCUGGUUGCAAGCACCGUAGGAUAUAUUCGACCAAGAUCCUGCAGCGGGCCUGUCUGAGAUCAUCUUGCUGUCCUUGCAUCCCGAAUCACGGCGCAAGUUACUUUCCUAUUCCCUUGGGAAGCUCGAAUCCACCAGGGAUCAACAUAUUGUUGUGCUGGCACUUUCAGCGAAACGGUGUUGUAUUGAACGUCAAGCUUCAACAGAGCUCGUACCUCGCAUCUUCUUUGUAUUCCGCCUCGGAGGCUCUACCGAUUGUUGUUCGGCCAUCCCGGCCUUUUCACUAGGUGAUUGCACUCUUCUUGCACAUCGGACCUUCCGCCAAUAAAUUUCUUCUUAACAUUGCUGCACUCCGAAGAGUUGGCACCCGAAAGUAGCCAAAAGUUUUCCAUAUUCGUUCGCUAGCA